AUUUCAGAAAGCAGACUGUUAUUUCUUCCUCUCUUAAGGGCAAAAUCUUCCAACAAGCAUGAGGGAAAUCGUUCAUCUGCAAGCCGGCCAGUGUGGCAAUCAGAUCGGCGCGAAGUUCUGGGAGGUCAUCAGUGACGAGCACGGCAUUGACCCCACUGGGACCUACCAUGGAGACAGUGACCUGCAGCUGGACAGGAUCAAUGUCUACUACAACGAAGCCUCCGGUGGUAAAUAUGUUCCCCGUGCGGUGCUUGUGGAUCUGGAGCCAGGUACCAUGGACUCUGUGAGGUCUGGUCCCUUCGGCCAAGUCUUCAGGCCUGACAAUUUUGUCUUUGGCCAGAGUGGUGCUGGCAAUAACUGGGCCAAAGGUCACUACACUGAGGGAGCCGAGCUGGUGGACUCGGUCCUGGAUGUGGUGAGGAAGGAGGCGGAGAGCUGCGACUGCCUGCAGGGUUUCCAGCUCACACACUCCCUGGGUGGCGGCACGGGGUCCGGAAUGGGUACUCUCCUCAUCAGCAAGAUCCGUGAAGAAUACCCCGACCGCAUCAUGAACACCUUCAGCGUGGUUCCUUCCCCCAAAGUGUCGGACACGGUGGUGGAGCCCUACAACGCCACGCUGUCGGUCCACCAGCUGGUGGAGAACACGGACGAGACCUACUGCAUCGACAACGAGGCGCUCUACGACAUCUGCUUCCGCACCCUCAAGCUCACCACCCCCUCAUACGGAGACCUCAACCACCUGGUCUCGGCCACCAUGAGCGGCGUCACCACCUGCCUGCGCUUCCCCGGCCAGCUCAACGCCGACCUGCGCAAGCUGGCGGUGAACAUGGUGCCCUUCCCCCGUCUGCACUUCUUCAUGCCCGGCUUCGCUCCCCUCACCAGCAGAGGCAGCCAGCAGUACCGCUCCCUCACCGUGCCCGAACUCACACAGCAGAUGUUCGACGCCAAGAACAUGAUGGCCGCCUGCGACCCCCGUCACGGCCGCUACCUCACCGUGGCCGCCAUCUUCCGAGGAAGGAUGUCCAUGAAGGAGGUGGACGAGCAGAUGCUCAAUGUCCAGAACAAGAAUAGCAGCUACUUUGUGGAGUGGAUCCCCAACAACGUGAAGACGGCCGUGUGCGACAUCCCGCCCAGAGGCCUGAAGAUGGCCGCCACCUUCAUCGGCAACAGCACCGCCAUCCAGGAGCUCUUCAAGCGCAUCUCCGAGCAGUUCACCGCCAUGUUCAGGCGCAAGGCUUUCCUGCACUGGUACACCGGCGAGGGAAUGGAUGAGAUGGAGUUCACCGAGGCCGAAAGCAACAUGAACGACCUGGUGUCCGAGUACCAGCAGUACCAGGACGCCACCGCAGAGGAGGAGGGCGAGUUCGAGGAGGAGGAGGGCGACGAGGAGCUGGCUUAAGGGCUCCGCUCAAAAUGGACUGAAGGCCUGUGUGUUCGCCGGUCUCCACUGUUCUGGUUUAAGUGUUUGGACGGCCUGUUCUGUUCAAGUGUCUUUGGUUAAGUUUGUUUGUUGAAUAAAAGUUAUGAAGCUUA